ACAGCGUUAUAAUCGUAAAAGAGAGACUUCAUAUUCAAAAAAUGAGAACUUUUGCAGCCAGCCCCGUCGCUCCAAUUCACAGAAAAGCAAAGCUUUUAACAAGAUGCCCCCUCAAAGGGGAGGGAGCGGCGGUGGCAAACCUUUUAGCUCUUCUAAUGGUGGGAGACGAGAUGAGGUAGCAGAGGCUCAACGGGCAGAGUUCAGCCCUGCCCAAUUCUCUGGUCCCAAGAAGAUUAAUCUGAACCACUUACUGAACUUCACUUUUGAACCCCGUGGCCAAGCAGGACAUUUUGAUGGGAAUGGACAUGGCAACUGGGGGAAAAGGAACAAGUGGGGACAUAAGCCGUUCAACAAGGAGCUCUUCCUACAGGCCAACUGCCAGUUUGUUGUCUCUGAAGAACAGGACUACACAGUCCACUUUGCUGAUCCAGAUACCUUGGUCAACUGGGACUUUGUGGAGCAAGUGCGGAUCUGUAGCCACGAAGUGCCCUCUUGCCCAAUAUGUCUGUACCCACCCACGGCAGCAAAGAUCACUCGUUGUGGGCAUAUCUUUUGCUGGGCAUGUAUCCUUCACUAUCUCUCCUUGAGUGAAAAGACCUGGAGCAAAUGUCCUAUUUGUUACAGCUCUGUUCACAAGAAGGAUCUCAAGAGUGUGGUUGCUAUGGAAACACGUCAGUAUGCAAUUGGUGAUACCAUUACGAUGCAACUUAUGAGAAGAGAGAAAGGUGUUCUGAUAGCACUGCCCAAAUCUCAGUGGAUGAAUGUGGUGCAGCCUGUUUACAUCAGAGAUGACCAGCACAGUCAGUAUUCAAAGCUACUUCUGGCAUCCAGGGAGCAGGUCUUGCAGCUGGUGAUUCUGGAGGAGAAAGCGGCAUUACUGAAACAGUAUGAGGAGGAAAAACACACCCCAGAAGCUUGCUUCAUUGAGGCAGCUAUCCAGGAGCUGAAGGAGCGAGAAACAGCACUCUCUGCUGUCCAGGAUAAAAACAAUGGCAUUGCUGGAAUCAGUGCAGCUGUGGAAGAAUUGGUCCUAGAAAGCUCCAAGGCUGUGGAGCCUGCAGUUUCCCAAGAGAAAAAGUGUGGUGUGGAAUAUAUCUCUGCAUUUGAUGAGGAGCUUGUGGAGCCUUCCUCUGAUCUGGCAAGUUCCUUUUCGCCUCCUGUGGAAGUAGAAGAGGCAGUUCUGGAUGAAGAGGAAGUACCUGAGGUGGACACUGUAGGAGAACCUGAUAUGAUCACUACAGAAGAACCAAAUCCAACUGAAACAAGCCACCAAGAACCUAAAGAAACAGUUGGCAGUGGACAUCUUGGCAACUCUCCUUUUUACUAUUUUUACCAAGCGGAGGAUGGACAGUGUAUGUACCUCCACCCCGUGAAUGUUCGAUGCCUUGUUCGUGAAUAUGGCAGCUUGGAGAAGAGUCCAGAGAAGAUCACUGCAGCUGUAGUGGAGAUAACUGGCUACUCAAUGACAGAGGAUAUAAGGCAGCGUCAUCGCUACCUCUGUCACUUGCCCCUCACCUGUGAGUUCAGCAUUUGUGAACUGGCUCUGAAGCCACCUGUGAUCUCUAAGGAGACUUUGGAGUUGUUUUCAGAUGACCUUGAGAAGAGGAAACGUCUACGGCAGAAGAAAGCUCGUGAUGAGCGGCGACGCGAACGCAGAAUUGAGAUGGAAGAAAACAAGAAACAGGGCAAAUAUCCAGAGGUCCAUAUUGCUUUAGAGAAUCUGCAGCAGUUUCCUGCUUUUACCUCUUGUCCUGGAGAAACUACCAGCAUUGAUCAUCAGAGCUUCUGUCUGUCUCCUCUUGGCAGAAGCCCUGUGUUUCAGACAGAAUCUAUUCCAACUCCACUGUCACCUGCUGCCAGCCAGGUCAGCCCAUUGCUCUGUGGGAGUUUAGAAGAAGAGUCUCCAUUCCCUUCCUUUGCCCAGAUGUUGAGAGUCGGAAAGGCAAAACCAGAAACAUGGCCUAAACCUGCUCCAAAGACAAGAGAACUCUCUGGCACUCCCUGUGCCAGUGGAUAGUGAUGGAGAAAGUGACAGCUCUGACCGUAUCCCUGUGCCCAGCUUCCAGAAUUCCUUCAGCCAAGCUAUUGAGGCAGCCCUCCUGAAACUGGACAAACCGUCCACAGCUGAUCAUUUGUCAGG